AUGGUCUCAAUUAAAUCCACUAUCCUAGCCUCCGCUGUUGUCGCUAUCUCUGCCGUCAACGCUGCUAACGUUACUGCCGAACAAACCAAUGACUUGCUAGUUAUCAUCAACGAUAUCGAAAGUCACAUCUCAGACUAUUUAUCUCUAGAGACAUCAGGUAAUUCUACUUUCCAAGUUCCACCUGAAGUUUUAUCUCUAUAUGCCCAAAUAAAUACUUACACUGAUGAAACAUUUACUUCUUUGUUCACUGAAUUAGACGUCAGUGCUUUGACCGCUACCAUCACUAACUUGCCAUGGUACUCUUCUAGACUAUUGCCAGCUCUAGAAAGAGCUAACACGGAUGUUGCUACUAAUGAGACAGAAUCUGCCACCACUAGUGCUACUGCUUCUGCUAAUGAAACUGCCUCUAUCACUUCUUCUGUUUCUGAGGCUAGAAACAGUUCCUCCAUCACUCAUGUUUCCUCUUCUCACUCCUCUACCAAGUCAUCCUCUAAGAACUCUACCUCUACUUCUCAUAGUGGUAACUCUACUAGUACUAAGACUUCCAAGUCUAAAAAGAAUGCCGCUGAUUCCGUCGGUGCUUCUUCAGGUUUACUAUUUGCCGGUCUAGCUGCUCUUCUAUUGUAA